AAUAUUAAAGUUAAUGUAUUAUUAUAUUUUUCGAUUAUUUAUAGUAAUACAAUUAUUAACGUAAUAAUCGAGCGCUUCAGGACCGCCGUUCUUUCAUAAUCAUAUAACCUAAGAAUAUCUAUGUAAACAAUUGAGAAUAAAAUGACAUCCGUAAAGAAUAAUGGCACACCGGGAGACAGUCUUGAAGAUCUGGGAAUCCCUGGACAAGCUUUUCUCAGCGAUGCUUUGACCAGUUGUAACGACCCUUUGAAAGCCAUUGAGGAAUUUCAGUUAGAGAAUGGUAUUUUAUUACCUUCUUUGAGGCCUAUGCUACCAUUGUUGGAUCUUCAUGGUGUUCAAAGACUUGAUUUUCAUGCAUCCGUACUUGAGGAAUUAAGAGAACAAUUGGUAAAGCGUAUUAAUGAAAUUGGAGUGGAAAGAGGUGAAAAAAUAGUACAGUCUGGAGAUCGUAGAUUAAAGGAGCUUUUAUCAAAAAGUUUUCCCGCUGUUAGAGUAUCCGCAUUGAGACCAGUGGUCAUGUGCAUCUUGAGAAAUACACCGAUUAUAGAAGACAAAUAUUUAAGAGUCUUAGUAAGGGAAAAAGAACUAUAUAAUGACGCUGACACGGAAGUUAAACGGCAAAUAUGGAAGGAUAAUCAAAGUUUAUUCGGAGACGAAGUAUCUCCAUUAUUUAGCAGAUAUAUUAUUGAGAAGGAGCAAGUUCUUUUCGACCAUCUUAAUUUAAACAGUUCAUUUUUUAUGCCAUCCCCUAAGGUACGAAGACAAGGAGAAGUGGUUCAGAAGUUGGCACAUAUGAUAGGGCACAGUGUCAAAUUAUACGACAUGGUUCUCCAAUUUUUAAGAACUUUAUUUUUGAGAACAAAAAAUGUUCAUUAUUGUACAUUAAGAGCCGAACUGUUAAUGGCUUUGCAUGAUUUAGAGGUUCAAGAUAUUAUUUCUGUUGAUCCCUGUCAUAAAUUUACAUGGUGCUUAGAUGCUUGUAUACGAGAGAAAAAUGUUGACGUUAAGCGUUCUCGCGAACUUCAAGGCUUCCUUGACAGUAUAAAGAGGGGACAAGAGCAAGUUCUUGGCGAUCUAAGCAUGACACUAUGUGAUCCAUAUGCAGUCAAUUUUUUGGCAAGUAGUGCAAUGAAGAUUGCAUUACAUCUUAUAAACGGAGAAUCCUUACCUCGUGAUAAUGCGGUCCUAGUAUUGUUACUCCGAAUGCUUGCAUUGGGCUUAUCAGCAUGGCAAAUGAUUGAUUCUCAAGAUUUUAAAGAACCUAAACUCGAUAGUCAAGUUGUGACUAAGUUUCUUCCAGCAUUGAUGUCUCUAAUGGUGGAUGAUCAAAUUCGUCAGUUGAAUUGCCGACUACCGCCAGACGAACGUGAAAGCGCCAUUGCAAUAAUUGAACACUCGGGUCCACCACCCGAUGCCUGUCAAGCUUACUCUCAGUUAUCCGGGGUCGCAGCCGUUUUGUCCAUGUAUUAUGCACUUCACAUAGGUGGCUUAGGUGCUGGUACGACUACGCAGAGUAAAACGCGCGGCGACGCUCGUGGAUUAAUGAGAGUCCUCGCAACUUUACCUAAUUGUCAGGGUCAACGUGCCUAUGAAGAUCCUUUCCUUCAUACACUGGUUCUAUUACUCAUUUUAAAUAUGGCAGACGAAUUCACAAAUGAAUCUUUCUGUACUGUGAUAUUUGAUGAAUUCUUUUUAGCAGGUAUGACAAAAGAUAGCGUGACUCGUCAUUUACUAAAAUUAUUAUGGUGGGUACAUCCUAAAUUACCGGUAGCACGACUUCACACGCUUGUAAAGUCACUUGAACCUAAUAGUCAGCAUAAUGAAGCUGUUCAUAAUUUGUAUCAAGCUCUCAAAGAUAAAAUUGGAAAUCAAACUAAUGAUGAUACUGCAACACCACCAGCUGAUGUUAUUAUGGAAGGCUCUGCUUCUCCUAUUCAAAAUUCUUCUAUACUAAACGCUGCUUCCAUUUAAAAUUUAAAAUAAUUACAGAUGUUUCGCUUGUGUAAAUAAUUCUAAAAAACAUAUCUAUCCCUUUCUUAUUUACUUCUAAUAAAUUUUGCUAUGAAAUAGUAUCCAAUUUUUUAUAUAUUAUGGUUUUAAGUUAUUCAUUCAA